AUGCAGUUAAGAAGAACAUUAGCUGUGUUGUCCCUCGCGGGCGGCUCACUUGGAGCGCCGCAAAGUUCAAGGAAGCCAUGUAGGCCAGUUUCGGCGAGCUCGUCAAGCGACUCUACAUCCUCGCGCGUCAGCUCCGGAUAUAGUGCCGCGCCAUCGCUCAGCAUACCGAGUAACUCGUCUCAGAGCAGCGGCUUGUCAACGACUACAUCGAUUGCAUCUCUCUCUAGCACUUCUUUGGGAGCCACUACCUCACAGGUCGACGUUUCUCUAUCAGUCGCUUCUGCAUCAAGCUCGACUUCUAUUAGCAGUGCGUCGUCUGUUAGCAGUACAUCCUCUAGUAGCAGUACAUCCUCUGUCAGCAGUGCAUCUUCUGUUAGCAGUGCAUCUUCUGUCAGCAGUGCAUCUUCUGUUAGCAGUGCAUCUUCAGUCAGCAGCACAUCUUCUGUUAGCAGUGCAUCUUCAGUCAGCAGCACGUCCUCUGUUAGUAGUACAUCUUCAGUCAGCAGCACGUCCUCUGUUAGUAGUACAUCUUCAGUCAGCAGCACGUCCUCUGUUGGCGGUACAUCCUCUCUUGCCAGUACGACAACAUCAUUGUCUUCAACUUCUACAGACUACCCCCUUCCAACACCCGGUGUUGCUCAGCCGACCCGCACAUUCAGCGGGACUAUCACCCCUUUUAGUACUGGAACACCUGUGCCCAUCCAAAACCCAUCGUUUGAGAACGUCGCAGCUGCAGGUGACAGUCAGCGGCGAGCAAAGCGCCAGUCUGCAUCUCAAACUGCAGCCGCCACUGAGGGCUGGAAUAUCGUGUCCUGUGGUACUGGAGACUCCUCGAAUUGCGUGUUCGAGAACUACGACGCCGCCGAUGGCACGUGGGCGUUUUCCGGGAAGGACGGCGGACUCCUCUACCAGGAUGGGGUCAACCUGGCCGCCGGUGGCGCAUAUGCGUUCACGUUCUAUUGGAAGGUCGUGUCGACGUACGACGGGGCAACUUCGAGCUCGACUGGAAACCAGAUGACGCAGGCUCUGUAUCUGGGCAGCAGCGCGAACCCGGACGUUACAAACGCGUUCGUGCCGAUGAUAUCAAGCAGCACCGUCGAGUCGGGAGCCGACUGGGCCCAGCAGACCUUUACCGUCUCGAAGCUAGACUGUCAAUACGUCAACUUCGCCACCGAGGUGCGCUCGGACGGCUCGCUGAACUUCCGCAUGUUCCUGCAGGGCAAGACGGCGACGGGCACCAUCGGAGACUUCAUCUGGUACGUGGACGAAGUGCGGGUCCAAGAGCUCUCCCCGCCCACGGGCGGCACCCUCUCGUACCUGACGAACACCUGCAAGAGGACGGCCCCAGCUGCGACGACCACGACUGCUUCGGCAACCUCGACCUACACGGUCACGCAGACGUAUGAUGCCACGAGCACGCCGACCGCGGGCACCAACGCCCUCGCGAACCCGUCGUUCGAGACGACCGCCUUCACCGAGACCACCGACGUGAACGGCUUCAUCUACAAGGCCGCCGGGUGGACCUCGACCGGCUGUGCGGGCCGGCAGUGCAACCUGUACUCGAGCGCCUCGGGCAGCGUGGCCUGCCAGGACGGAUCGCGGUGCGAGAUCUGGAGGGCGCCGACCACGUAUUCCCAGACGAUCCAGGUGGCCGUCGGCUCGACGUACUACGUCGAUUUCUGGGUGCUAAGCGGGGCCGCCGCGGAUAAGACCGGCAGCAGCGACCUCCGGAUGACGGUUGAGGCCCCCGGUGCGACUCCCGGGAGCGGUGGGUUGGUGCUCGGCGCGUCGAACAGCGCCGCACUGUCCGGGUUCACGCAGUAUAGCAAGAUGCUGGAUCUGGAUGCGGACUUUGCCGAGAAACUCUGCGGAGCUUCUGCUGGGGACACGACUGCGAGCUGCCAGGUCACGCUCUCGGCGGGCUAUUCGGGGUCUUGGGGUGUCACGGAUAACAUAUCUAAUUAUUUUGAUAACGUCAAGUUCUGGAAGCUAGAGUAA